GCAAUAGGUCAGUCAGUCCUCUUGCCAGUAACAGGGGUACAGAGCAUUCAUGGGUGCAUAUGAAGUAGACUCAUAGGGUGCCAGUUUCAUUUUAGAUGUGAUGGCCUGGUGCUCAUGGACACGAGUGGGGCUCCCUUCAGGCAACAAGCUGAGCUCAUUUCCAGCCACUGAAUCCAAAACAGGAAAUUCCGUAUCAGAAUUGGCUGUUUGUUCACCUGCUGCUGCAUGUCAGAGUCUUGAGGGUGGAGGAAAGCUGUCAGCUGAGACUCAGUGGCCCUGUCCUUCAUAACAGAGUGGGGAGCACAGGAACAAGGAGGCCAUGAAAGACGGAAAGCUGAGUGUGUGUGUUGCAACGGUAGCCACAUUGGUGGUCCUCUCUCUGUCAGUCUGUUUAGCCAGAAAUCAAGAGGAGCGUCUCAUUAAUCACCUCUUCAAAGAGCGGGCAUACAACAAAGAAGUGCGACCCGUCGAGUCUCAGGAACAGGCGGUGGAUGUCUUCUUGGGCCUCACCUUGUCAAACCUCAUCUCACUGAAAGAAGUGGAUGAGACAUUAACUACAAAUGUGUGGGUGGAGCAUGGGUGGAAUGACACCCGCCUCUCCUGGAACACCAGCGAGUUUGAUGACAUAACUAUAUUGAGAUUGCCAUCCAGUAUGGUAUGGCUUCCAGAAAUCGUCUUGGAGAACAAUAAUGAUGCUCAAUUCCAAGUGGCUUACUACUGCAAUGUCCUGCUCUCCCCAAAUGGAUAUGUCUACUGGCUACCUCCAGCCAUCUUCCGCAGCUCCUGUCCAAUCAAUGUUAAUUAUUUUCCUUUUGACUGGCAAAAUUGUUCUCUCAAAUUCAGCUCUCUAAGUUACAAUGCCAAAGAGAUCAACAUGCACUUGAAGGUGGACACAGAGAAAGGGCCAGACAUGAGUUUUCCUGUGGAAUGGAUAGUCAUCGACCUAGCUGCUUUUACAGAGAAUGGCGAGUGGGAAAUUAUUCACAAGCCAGCCAAGAAGAACGUUCACAAGAAUAUCCCCAUGGACAGCAACAAGCACCAAGACAUCACCUUCUACCUGAUCAUCAAGCGCAAACCACUCUUCUACAUCAUCAACAUCAUAACUCCUUGCGUCCUUAUCUCCUUCAUGGCCUCGCUGGUAUAUUAUCUGCCAGCAGACAGUGGUGAGAAGAUGACACUCUCCAUCUCAGUACUGUUGGCACAGUCUGUCUUCUUGCUGCUAAUUUCACAACGUCUCCCAGAGACAUCACUGGCCAUCCCCCUAAUUGUCAAGUAUCUGACCUUCAUCAUGUUGUUGGUCACAGUGGUGGUGCUCACCUGUGUUGUCGUGUUGAACCUGCACUUCCGCACGCCAAGCACUCAUGUGAUGUCAGACUGGACCAAAGAGUUCUUCCUAGAGCGACUGCCACGGAUCCUUCACAUGUCUCUUCCUGCGGACGAAGCAGAUGCUGGCCAAUGGAAGGGGGCACUGCAGCGUAGGAGCAGUUCACUGGGGUACAUUUCUAAGGCGGAGGAGUACUACAGUGUGAAGUCUCGCAGUGAGCUCAUGUUUGAGAAGCAGUCCGAGAGGCAUGGGCUGGUCAGCCGGAGUACACCUGCUGCAGCUUACUUUGAUGAAGAUGGUGAGAAGACUGAUGUCACAGAGCAACUUUUUACGGAGAUAAAACCAGCGGUGGACAGUGCAAACUACAUUGUGAAGCACAUGAGGGACAAGAAUGAUUAUAAUGAGGAAAAGGACAACUGGACCCGGAUUGCUCGUACAGUCGAUCGCCUCUGCCUCUUCCUGGUGACUCCAGUCAUGAUUCUGGGAACAGUCAUCAUUUUCCUCAGAGGAAUGUACAACCACCCUCCACCUUUGCCCUUUGAGGGAGAUCCAUACAAUUACAAUUCAGAAAACCAGCGCUUCCUGUAGAACUGCUGAACCCAAAUAUCCUUCAAGACUUUGUGGUUAGAAGUUGAUGAAUAAACCAGUUGAUUCCAGGGCCAGAAUUAAAGGUUAAAUAAAAACAGACAAAAAGAGACAGAAAGGACAGAUGUGAAUCAAUAAGUGGAUAACAUCACACAAUCUGAUGACUAGAAAAGUAAAGCUCUGACUGUAGGGGCAAAACCUGUGAGAGAGCUUGAAAGAUGUUUAUGCUCCUUAUAGAUACGUUUCAUGACAAUGAAUACUGACUGGAUCAGAUGGGGGCAUUUAAAGCUAUAGGAUACUGGUAACAGAGAAGAUUAGACUAUAAAUGGGUACAAAAGACAGGAUCAGACUCCUUGAAAUAAAGCAGUUACAUACUGGCAUUGAGUUCUAUCCAUCCAUCCAU